AUUAACUAUGACUAAUCGUUUGACAUUUAUUGUAUUUAGAAAAAAAACUCGAAUACCUAUUUUAACUGUCUUCUAACAAGGUUAAAUAAUAAUUAAAUUUAAAUAUUGCGUUCAAUGAAUGUUCCCAGUAACUGGUUUCUGGUCUCUUGUCCAUGAGGCAUGCAGUCCCUUGGUUAACUAUUCUUUAAAUUUUAACGAUAAUACUAUAAAUUGUCGUAUAUUCUCAUUUUUUAGGCAUUAUAAUUGACAUUUUAGCACACAACAGUAAACAUGUUGUCAACAUAACACUCAACAUUUAGUCAUUUCACAAACACCAUUCAAAAUUAACGGUUCAUAAGCUCAUUUUAUUUUGAACUAUACACGUUCUCAUUAAACAUGAUGAUAAUGCUUGGAAUUGGGCUGGAUUUUCCACCUUGCGCUUAAUUAUUUGGCCAGAUAAGAGAGGGAAUGGUGUACCUUCUGACCAAUUGGGGCAUGGGAGAAAAUGAAACAGGAAAAAAAAGUUAUGCCGAGCCAGCGAGUGCAAGUGCAGCAUCUUUUAGGCGUCCAGAACAAAACGGUUGUAAUAAUGAAGUCGAUUUGUUUCCUUUGAAUAAUCAGGUUGGUGGUCACACAAGACUCAUGGUAUUAAAUUCCAGCACAAUAGUGAAGCCACUGAACUUCCGGGAAUUAGAUUUCUAUCAAAACAUACAAGAACAGGAUAUUAAAAAUUUCGUACCGAAAUAUAAAGGAGUAAUGCAGGCGACGCUGUGUAGCGGAUCGAAAAUCGAAAAAAGGUACAGUCCCAGUUUCCGCGACGAACACGCCAAAAAGACCGACAGGAAGAGGAAAAGGGAAGUCUACAAGAUGAGAGUGCACCACACGGGGAAUCCCAAGGAUGUGUUGAAGAGCAUUUCGCAAACGGACAAUACAAACAAGCAAUAUUUUCUGAUGCUCGAGAACAUCACCUCGCAGUAUUCGCAUCCUUGCGUGUUGGAUUUAAAAAUGGGAACGCGACAGCACGGCGACGACGCCUCUGCGGACAAAAGGAGAAAACAAAUAGCCAAAUGCGCUGCCAGUACGUCAGGAACGCUCGGAGUUCGUUUGUGCGGCAUGCAAGUGCACGAUACCGAACAGAACUGCUACUACAAGAAAGACAAAUAUUGGGGAAGAGAAUUGAACGAGGACGGUUUCAAAAGUGCCCUGUGCAGAUUCUUCGAUAAUGGCUGCGGCAUCAGGAAAUCCAUCGUUAGAAAAGUCGUAACUAAAUUGCAGAAACUCCGCAGGGUCAUCGAGAAGCAGAGUUGCUACAGGUUCUAUUCGUGUUCGUUGUUGAUCGUAUACGAAGGAAGCAACGGACAAUCGUCCACAACGAGCGAAUCCUUCUACUCCAAAGUCCUGAAGGCGACGUCCGACGACAGCCGCGACGUCCACUACUGCUACGACGCCGACGCUUCCAAUUCGUCCGACUUCCAUUCAUCCGCUACCGAAGACGUCUCGCAGGACGCGCACAACCGGAGCCCCAGAGGCGCCGGCGCGUCGGCGUUCUUUCCCAUAUCCGAAGAAACGGUGUUCCUGAAUUCGUCGCCGUCUUCCAGCCUCACCCCUUCUAGUCCGCUGGACAGCUGGAUGUUGUACUCGAACAACAACAGCAGCAGCGGCGAGUACACGCUGCCGGACCAGUCGAACAGCUCGAGCAGCUCGAACGAGGAGAAUUCGGACAUCGAAAUGCCGACGCCGAAGCGCUUCAUGAAGGACGUGUCGGAGGAGGAUGACGAAGAAGAUGGAGCCCCUUCCGCGCCUCCGGCGCCCAGGAGGGUUUUCGUGGAAGACUGUCCGGUUGCUUCCUUGCCGGCCUCGGCGGCGGACGUGGACGUGCGAAUUAUCGAUUUUGCGCAUACGUCGUUCGUUAGGAACAGUGAUGUGGUGGCGAAGAAUGUUCACCAAGGGCCCGACGGCGGGUUCCUCACCGGUUUGGAUAGCCUCCAACGGUUGCUGUUGCAAAUCCUCGAUUCGGAGGAUUGAUGAAGAUUCGUUGUUUGGUACAGCUCGACGGGGAUAACUGUGGACGCGGGAGUACGAUGCGCAUGGAGUCGCGCAGGUCCGGUCUACGACUAUUCCUGUUGCACUGUACGCGUCGGAUUGAUUGAAAUAAAUUGUUUCUUGUUUGUAACUUUAGGUGAGUAAGAUUGAAUAUUUCCACUACCUUACGUUUUUGUAAAUUGAAAAUGGUGAAUUGAUCAAAAAUGAGAAAUAAAAAAGGCUCAUUGUUUGUUUGACAAUCUACGCUAUUUCAAUUAGAUUCGUUAGAUGUAUUCUCAAACAGUUGUAUGUUUUAAUAGGAUUUCCCUCGAUUACAGGAAACUUUAAUUAGCCAGAAAUAUUGUAAUUUCUCGAAUAUAGAAUAUCCUUGCUGCCAAUAUUAAGUAUAUUAUACAAGUCGAUUUAAAAUUUUACUUUUGACGUAAUAGGUGAUAGGUUUUUUUAAGAUUAAGAGUAAAAGAGGCAGAAAAUUUAUAUCUAGUAAAAGAUAAAGGAAUAUAAAAUUAUGAUUUUUGUGAUGUUCAACAAUAGUUUACUUAUGUAACGAGACGAUGAAUGAAUGAAAUUUCUAGACAUUCCUAUUUGAUUUUGAAAAUGUAAAGUUUUCAAGGCGUUAAUAAUAAAUCUGUAUUUAAUGUUUUUCAAAGUGUCCUGAUUUUCUCGUUUUAUUCUAAUUUUAAUGUUCUUCCUUUCGAUUAAUACACGAUUCCCAAAUGGGACCAUUUUUUAUAGUUUUAUCGAUUUAAACCUAAAUGUUUAGAAAUUGUGAAUAAUAUGGAUGUGCAGUAUUAUCGGAACUCGAUCUCUUAAAUGAAAAUUUAUUUUACGAUGUAAUAAAUGUUUUGUUUUUACAGAGAUACCUAUAUUUUAGUUGACAUUUUCUGUUUUUUUUAUAAAUAUAUCUCUAAUAAAAAUUAAUUUUAUAUAAUUGAGUUCCUUUUUUCUGUACUUAUAAAAAAUUCAUACAUAAUCUUUGUUUUAUUGUUCAUUAUCAAACCCUACAACUAACUUUCCACUAACCUUUUUUACUUAAAAAAUUAAUAUGUAUUACAAAAAACGCACUUCAUGUAGUAAAUUAGAUUUAAUUUAACAAAAAUAAAUAUCAAAAAGAAUCAAUAAAAUAACUAGAGAAAACGAAAACAAAAUAAAUCAAUUUCCAAAACGUUUCAUCUUAAUUGGUUUAUAGGAGAAAGGCCGUUAUUCAGUUCUGUUAUUUUAUUUUACAAAAUUAAAAAUGACGAUGAUAAUGCAUGUACUUUUCACCCAAAAAGAACUUUCAUUGAUGGAUUCAAUUACUAUUCGAAUCGUUAUUGAAAUACAUCCAUAUUUACGGAUACAUCCAUAUAAACAAUUCAAAUAUGAGGAAUUGAUAAAUAUAUUCAUAUAAAAAACAAAUUUAACAACAAUAUAAGACUAAAAAAGCGCUCAAUAUUAAUUACACUUUUGAAAGUGUGACAUGGAAUGCUUAGAAAAUUUAAUUUGACGAAUAUUGGACCCGAUUACUUUAAAAAACAGCAACAAAACUACAAUAAUUUAUCAAUUCCCUAUUUGGUUUUGGUGCAUAUUAAGAAGCACUGUACAAUUUGUAUUCAACAUAACUAAUUAAACCAUCAUUGUCUUUGUCAUAUUCUUUUAGCAUUUCAUCAACGAAGUUAGAAAUUUCUUCAUCAGUCAUUAUUUUAGGCUCGUCCGUGACAC